GGGAGGAGGCGGGGAGCAGAGGAGCAGCUGCGGCGGCCUCGGGGAGUGGUUGACAUCUGGCGUCUCCGAGGGCGAGAGGACCUCGCGCUAGCCGCAGCUAGGGCCCUGCGGCCACCCAGCCACCUCCAGCUCACGCUUUCCCCUUCGGUGUCCGCCAUGGCAGCGCGUCCGUUCGCCGCCGGCUUCUGCACGCCGUGGCUCCGGCUUCCCGGAGCGAUGAGGCGGUAGUGGCGCCUCGCGGCCCGCUCCUCCCGCGACUCGGUCGCUCCGGCCGGCCGGGGGGCUGGUCUGCGGGCCGUCCCCGCCGCGGUCCGCCCCCGCGCCGCCCAGUCCCGCCCCCUGGGGGCGCUGCCCUCGGGCGCCUGCCGCCCAUGCCGCCCAGCCGCUCUGCCGCCCGCCGCUGAGCCCCUGCCCACCCUCCGGCUCUCACGAUGUGGCACAACGUGGGGCUGACCCUGCUGGUGUUCGUGGCCACGCUGCUGAUCGUCCUGCUGCUGAUGGUGUGCGGUUGGUAUUUUGUAUGGCAUCUAUUUUUAUCUAAAUUCAAGUUUCUACGGGAACUGGUGGGAGACACAGGAUCCCAGGAAGGAGAUCAUGAUCCUUCUGGGUCUGAAACAGAAGAGGACCCUUCAGCUUCACCACACAGGGUCAGAUCUGCUCGCCAGAGAAGGGCGCCUGCUGAAGAAGGUCACUGACCAGACACCCGCCCUACUAGAACAUGGUCUAAGGCAGUUAUGAGCCUCUGUCCUUAGUGACCUGGCUUUGAAAGUUAUUACGACCAAGGAACAUUUGCAGUUGGAUUUAUAUCCAAUUCAAAAAAAAAAAAAAAAAAAAGAUUUACACGUAAGCCAUAUAGAAAUAAAGGGAAUUUAAACCAAAUUGUACUGUUACAGAUUUCAUCUUAGAUAUUUUGCUUUAUGGGUCUACUUAACACUCUUACUUUUUGGCUUCUUCCCCCCCCCCACUGGUGUAAAUCUGUAAACAUUUCAGGCUUGAAAAAACAUGUCAUCAGUCAUAAAAUGUAACCCUUUCUUGACCUUUUAACUUGUCAUAAAUUGGAACCUGUCUCAUUACUGUCAACCAGGUGGUAGUCUUGUCAUUAUCCUAGCUCAUACAUAUGUGAAUUUGCAUCUUGUUAUAGUGUCAUUACCUCAGCUCAUGUGUAUUUUUGUUGGUCAAAUAUGUCAGGUUUAAUUGGCAUUUUUAAAAUGUCUUCAAAAAGUACCACGUAUCAGCAUUAAAUGGAAGGCUAUUAUAUAUGCAGAAAACCAUGGAGACAGCAGUGGAGUGUGUUUGAUGUUGUUGAUGCCAACAUUUGCCACUGGAGAAAUGAUCACAAGUCAAUGUUUCCUUGCAAAGGAACAACAAAAUGCUUUUACACGACUUAAGAGAGGAAGAUAGCCACAAGUUGGUGAAGAUACGCUACAUUUUGUCAUUGAGAUGCUUACAAAUCAGUUGCCUGUCUUCAUGCCAAGCACUUGUAGUUGAAAGCUGGAGAAAUUGCCAAAAUCCUCAGAAAUGAUCUAACAAAAUUCAAAGCAAGAAGAGACUGAUAUGGCCACUUCAUGGAGAGGACUGCUGUUAAGACAUCAACUGUGUUCUUCAGAGCUGCCUGCUGGUAUUAGAUAGAAGGUAGUGGUAAGCGUCCCAUCAGGAAAUGCCGAAUUGCUGGUCCUCUUGACACAUGUGUGGGAAAACACAGAUCCCCAUGACUAAUUGAAGUGGUUUGGAAGAAGGGGACUUGGAAUGUGAAGUUACAGUUAUAACUUAACCAGUCUAUUUCAUACAUUCUUUACAUAGGCACAAGAUUUAUGCGAUAAAACUAUUUUAGAACAUGGGAUAAAUACAAAAUAAAAUGUUUUUCUGUGAUACAAGGCAUAUGGCCUAGUUUAAUGGGCAGGGUUUUUUCUUAGAGCUAUAUAUGGUGCAUCUUAACCAUUGAUGGUCACCUAGAUUAAGUAAAAGUGAUAAUUUGUACAUUUACUUUUCAAGAUAGCAGUUAUUUAUUGGAGAACUUAAUUAUAAGUCGUACAGUGUUAACAGUUAUUUUCUAUGAAAUACUUUUGGGGUAAACCUAUUGGGGGUUUUAGAGUUGUAGUUAGGAAUCUAAGAACUGUCUUCUCCCUUAGGGAGAGUGAGAUUGGUCCCCCGAUUAUAUGGGGACUCGAUGUUCUGGCCUUGUGUUGUGGAGAAUAUAUUUCAGACCUCAAAGAGCACUAGGGCUUGAAAGAGUAGUGGUUGAAAAAAAACCUGCUUACCUGUGUAAAAUGCCUCUUGCCAGGGGUCCAUGUUUGUUUUAACUGAACUUUGGACUGUUUACUGAAGAGAGAUGGAUUACUGAACCUUCUAGUGUUGUCUGCUCUAGACAGAAAUGAACUGCAAAGCCAAGUUCCUUUCCUGGUCCCUGUCCUUCAGGGCUGUGUUUAAUCUUGUUUGAUACCUCAUUCUUCAUACUGGCAGAUUUUGUCUACUGGCACUGCCCCACACUGACUUCCUCAAGAACUGUUUGUAGACAUCCUAGCCCUUUGGGUACACUGGAAGGAAAGUUUAGAGGAAAACCUUCAUGUAUACAUUUUCUGGGGAAGAUGCCCAAUAGCCGAGAGUGGGCAUCUGUCCUGUUCUUUAUAGGGCAUAAAUAUUGUAACCAGAAGGCAUAAAGAACAGUGACAUUGUUUCUAGCAUUGAUUUUUAAAUAAUUCUUAUACUAACCAAAUAUCACUAAACGGGUCAAGAUGCCCCAAGGCAUCUUGGUAUCCGGAGGUUGUUUACAUUAGGGUUUUUUUUUCCAUCUAAUGUUUUGAACUCCAGGUUUUCUUUUUCUUUUUUUCUUUUUUUUUUUCCUUAUGUUUUGCAGUGGGUAUCUAAGGUUUAUAUAGCAAUAGGAAAAACUUUAAGCUGCAGGUGAGCUUGUGUCAGUAUUAAAGAAUGGUGGCUGAUGUUAUCCCCUCCACCCCCGACUGUCCAGUUUAUACCCAGGCCUAAACUAGUCUCUGUAAAGAUACAUAUAGGGCAUUAUUUAUUGGUAUUUAUGUUUCCAGCAUAUCUUAUAAAACUUUAACAAAAACUGUGCUUGACCUGAGAAAUAAUACCUUAUGGUGUAACAGCUCAUACUUUUGUGUAUGAACAUAAAAAAGGUAAAGACAUUUUGGAUGCCAGUAUGAAGAGUCUAAGGCAUAGUGCUUUGUGUAAAAUUGCUUUCGUGGCUCUCCUUUACCCCACCAAGGGAGAGAAGAGAAACUAUUUUCCCUCCAGGGUUCGCGUGUGCUGUGGGUUUCUGCCCUGUUUCCUGGUGAAGUGCUUUUGUAGCUGUUAUAACUGCCACACCUGCACCCUCAGGUUCUCAGUGCAAGGGGUGUGCUUAGUUUCAAAAUUUAAAGACACAACAUACAAAUACUAGAGUCUUGCCUGAUGGCAUCAUCUCUUUGAAGAUCGAUUAGAAACUUGAGGACUGAGGUAGAUUGUUGUAGUUCAUUCGCAGCCAGCCCUUCCCAAAUUUGUGGUUUGCCUCUGAAGAGAUGUGUGUGUGUGUGUGUGUGUGUGUGUGUUUGUGCGCGCGCACGUGCACAUUGCCCAUGUAGUAGGUAGCACGGCUCAGAUUUAAACCAAGAUUUAAACCAAGAUUCAAGCAAAAACACUAAAGAUUUGUAUAAAAGUUAGCUGAGGCAUUAAAUACACAUCUGAAGAUCGCUUUUGAACUGAAUGGCUUCUCACAGUGGAAGUAGAUACUGGAUUGUUAUUUCAUGGAUAUCUUGACCUCUUUGUUUAGAUUAGACUUAACCAUUUCAAAAUGGUAUUUUGCUAAAAGUUUAGAGUAUGUAUUGCUGACAUCUAGAAAUGGAAAGCAGUACGUUUCAUGUUAAGAGGAACGAUGUUUGAAGUUAUUCUGAGUCCAUAGUACAGUCUAUUUUCCUCAGAAGGUAUCUGAUUGUGACUGGUAACCAGUGUAAUUGCAGAUCUUGACUGACAAACUAAAUGCUUUUUUAUUUGAAGUUGACUUCAUAAAGCUAAUGGGCAAUUCUCUGGGCUUGGAAAAGCUUAGGGAACUGUAGAAUGGCUUUGGGUUAUAUAAUCUAGAAUCAAAGUACUUUGUAUUGUCUGUUGUUAAAGAGUCCCUAAGUUAGAAACUUCUAACAAGUUACAUUUUUACCUUGUAUUAGUAGAAGCUGCAUCUCCAUUUGUCAGAGCACAUGCUACCUGCUGAGGACCAUCUAAAAUUAACCUCCAUGCCAGUUCUAUGCAUAACCAUUCACCAAACACUGCUGCUGUGGUUUCUUACAGGAGCCCUUCUGUCUAGUGCUGCGACGCAUUGCCACCUUGUUGCUUGACAAAUACAUUGUAAGGAAUUAGAACUGUGUGUGUUAAUAGUACCUUUAUAUAAAUAACAAGAUGUAAAAUAUAUAUGAGGGAUGUGCAAAUGAGUGUUCCUAUCUUAGAAUACUAAAGCUUCUUGUACAGAAUAAAGGAAAAUGAAAAUAA